GGUAGUAUGAUUUGCUGUCAAAUUCACAUUUGUUUAUUUGUUUAUAAUACGGUUUUUCGUGGCAAGAAACAAGAAAACUUCUCAAAUAGUUUAAUAUUUUUCACUCCUCCAUACAAUAGCAUUUAAUACGGUUUCAGGAUGUCUUUCGAUACAAUACCAAAAGAUUUACGAGGACUCCGCGCUUGUUUAGUGUGUUCACUUGUUAAGACAUUCGAUCAAUUCGAAUGUGAUGGAUGCGACAAUUGUGACGAGUUUCUGCGAAUGAAAAACAACAAGGAUAAUGUAUAUGACCACACAAGUAACAAUUUCGAUGGUAUUAUUGCCCUGAUGAGUCCUGAAGAUUCUUGGGUAGCCAAAUGGCAACGUAUAGGACGUUUCACGCGAGGCAUCUACGCCAUCUCGGUAUCGGGCAACCUCCCACAAGCAACGCUGCGCGAAAUGAAAAGUCGCGGCAUUCCCUACAGAUCUAGAGACACUAGCCAACGUUGAUUUACUGAGUUUUCGAAUUAUAAUAUAUUAUGAAAUGAUACAAAAACAGA